AUGGCUCAAGACUCAACAGAUAUUAAUGAAACCAUUGGAUCUCUUGACGAUUAUAUUCUUCUGGGACGUAGUGGAUUGAGAAUUUCUCCCCUAUGCCUUGGAACAUUGACUUUUGGCGAAUCAUUUGGAAUAGGUUCGAAUUAUGAAGUAUCAAAGGAGGUUUUUGACUACUACUUUGAAAAAGGUGGAAAUUUCUUCGAUACUGCUAAUAUGUACAAUUUUGGAGAGAGCGAACGGUUUCUUGGUGAAUAUAUUGGGGAUAAACGAUCUCAAGUUGUUCUUGCGAAUUCUACCGCUUUAUCACCAAAUGUCAAAUAUAAUCCAAAUGCUGGAGGAAACCAUCGUAAAUCUCUUGUUGAGAAUAUCGAUGCAAGUAUUAAACGACUAGGUACUGGAUACGUUGAUCUCUUAUACGUUCACAUUUGGGAAUAUCGUACUCCUAUUGAGGAAGUAAUGCGUUCUUUAGAUGAUGUUGUUAGAAGUGGAAAGGUACUUUAUGUUGCGAUUAGCGAUACACCAGCAUGGGUAUUUAGUCGUGCGAAUACAAUAGCUGAAUUUCGUGGUUGGAGUCCUUUUAUUGGAUUACAAACGCGGUAUAAUUUAUUAGAUCGAUCCAUGGAAUAUGAUAUACAAUCUGCUUGUGCUGAACUUGAUGUACAAUCAGUUAUCAAAGCAAAAAAUACCGGUGAUAUGCGCGAUAUGCGAAAUAAUUCUAUUAUUAGAUUAGGAAGCAAUGAAACCAAUUGGAAAAUCCUUGAUGAAGUUAAGGCUAUUGCUACUGAAAUCAAUAGAACUCCAGCUCAGGUCGCUUUAAAUUGGAUCGCUCAAAAACCUGGCAUUACUUCACCUCUUAUUGGUGCUAGAACAAAAACCCAAUUAGUUGAAAAUCUUAAGGCUCUUGAAUUCAAAUUAACACCUAAACAAAUGGAAAGGUUGGAUAAUGUUUCAGCAUCAAAUGAAAUACCAUUUCCUUAUUCUAUAACAAUGAAUUUAAAUAAAUAUCUUGGUAAAGGAAUCCAAAUUCCUGAUAAGUAUAAGGCCCUGUUUGAGGCGUCAAAAAAGUCAAAAGAAAAAUAUUAG